UGACACCUUUCACGGGUGUACCAUACUGCUUGCUGGAGUCUUGACGGUAACUGGAGUACAGACGGCGAGAGAGAGGGGGGAUUGUGGGAGAGGUGGACAUGGAUGCAACGAGGCUGGAAGAUCUAAAGUUCUUUGUUGAUCGCUGCAAAGCCGACCCUUCAAUAUUAUACAAUCCUUCGCUUUCAUUUUUUAAGAACUAUCUCGAAAGCCUGGGAGCUCUAAUUCCUCCGAAGAUCAAAACAGAGAAAUAUGAUGAAGAGUUUCCUGAUUACAAGAAGCCCAAUUUUUCAAGUAACGAUAGUAUGUACGGAGACAUAGUUGAGUCUGAUGUUGAAUUGGAUACUACUAAUGUUGUGGGGCCUGACAAUGAUCCUCCACAAAAGAUGGGCGACCCUUCAAUAGAGGUAACAGAGGAAAGCAAAGAUGCUGCUCAGAUUUUGAAGUGUAAAGCUGUGGCUGCAUUCUCUGAGGGGAAUCUUAAUGAAGCUAUAGAUCAUUUAACAGAAGCUAUUUUGUUGAAUCCAAUUUCAGCGAUAUUAUAUGCAACAAGAGGUAACAUGUUUGUUAAACUUAAAAAGCCAAAUGCUGCAGUCCGUGAUGCCAAUGCUGCUUUACAGAUCAAUCCUGACUCAGCAAAAGGAUAUAAAGUACGAGGAAUAGCAAGGGCAAUGCUAGGAUUAUGGGAAGAAGCUGCUAGUGAUCUGCAUGUAGCAUCAAAAAUAGAUUUUGAUGACGAAAUUAAUGAGAUGCUAAAAAAGGUUGAACCUAAUGCCCGUAAAAUUGAAGAGCACCGCCGGAAAUAUGAACGUUUGCGGAAGGAGAGAGAGCUUAAGAAAAUUGAGCGUGAGAGACGAUGGAAAAAAGAAGAGGUUGUUUUUAAACAGGAGAAAAAGGAACACACUUUUGGUCCUGAAGCCACUUCUGCUCUGAAGGACGGUGAAAUUAUUGGAGUUAAUGCUCAGGAAGAGCUGGAUGGUAAGCUAAAGGCUGCAUCAGAACUAUCCCGACUUGCAGUAGUUUACUUCACUGCAACAUGGUGCGGGCCGUGCCGUUACAUGUCCCCACUUUAUAUGAGCCUUGCUGGGAAGUAUCCAAAAGUUGUGUUCUUGAAGGUUGACAUUGAUGAGGCCAAGAAAGUGGCUGCUAAGUGGAACAUUAGCAGUGUGCCAACUUUCAUUUUUAUUAAAAAGGGUAAUGAGGUUGACAAGGUUAUAGGUGCUGACAAGAAUUCCCUUGAGAAGAAGAUUGCUGAACAUGCUAAUCCAUGAAGGAAUCUAAGCUUUAUACUAUCUGUAUUAUAAAGCUCCAACUCUGGCUUUUUAGGACACAAUUGAAAUGGACAAAGUGUACAUGUGUGUGCGCGUGUAUUGGAGUAGACGUGAAUGUUAAUAUUUAUGCCAAACUUGACUCAGUUUUAUAUUACUUUCAGUGUUUCAAUGGCUAUGUUGUUAAAAUUUUGACAGUUCUUAC